AUGGGGCGAUGGCCAGUCCUGCUGGCCGUCCUGGCGGGAGUUGUCACGGCGUUGCCUUUCCUCGGAAAAAAGACUCGCUACGACGAGAAUGAGGCUCGAUCUUUGCUCAACCUAGCGGCAGCCGCCUAUGGCACCUCACAUGACUCCUGCUUUAACAAGUUUUCCAAUCUGAUCAACUCUAGAAAAAGUUUGUACAGGAGUUUUCCGGCCCAUGAGCAGCAUCGACUGUUGGGCGUCAUGCAGCACGAAUGCGACCACCUCGACAGCAUUUGCGAGAGUUACGUGGGUUCGUAUCCUUUCUUUCCACCUCAAAACUGACUAUUUUUCUUCAGUAGUUUCUGAGCCUCUGCAAAAACUCUUUGUCGUUUUCCGCGGAACGAAAACGAAGGUGGCAUUUAGAAAAAAAAUUCGAAUCGAAGGUAUAAUUAUAGACUCAGUUGCUAUUAGAAGGUUGGCAGUCAAUAAAUCCCGGCGUCGACUUUUUCGAUCUUGGAAAUGUAAACUUAAUCAUUUUUUGAAGAGCUCUUGAUUCAGGUUAACAGAUACUUUAUGAACGCUCACCUGGUCUUAUGGCCAGAAAUCGAGCAAAUUAUUGUCGAUCCUAAAUAUAAGGUGACUGACGAAGUCUAUUCUAUCGAAAAGAAGAUCCGACUUUAGAACUUCCCGAUAACAUUCACUGGUCAUUCUCUUGGAGGUGCUCUGGCCACUUUAGCCGCAGCUCGAACAGUUCGCCAAGGCAAGAUAAAUUUAUUAUUAGUUUAUGAAUAUAUGGAAAACUUCCAUUUCGGAGUGAAAAAGAAAUUCGAAAGCUCUCUGAAAAAAUAUCCGAAAAAGUUACUUUUUUCAGGAUACCGAACAGGAGACGAAGUCAAAGUAGUAACGUUUGGCCAGCCACGCGUAGGAAGUCUAGAGUUCGCAAAGAACUUCGACAAAAUGAUCACCUACGCGUUUGUGGAGAAGCUAGAGACAGACGAGAAACCUCAGUUGCAGGUUCCGCGUGGUGUUCCGACGCGACAUCGUGCCGCACAUGCCAGCCUGCCAGAAGAACCGAACUUUCAUCAGCGAGACGGAACACGGGGCCAGGCCGUGCGACGCCGACGCCUUGGACAAACACUACCACCAGGGCACCGAGAUUUGGUUUCAAAGCCUGAAUUAUCCAAAACUAAAGUUUUCUUUUCUAGGUAUCCAGACGCGAUGGACCAUGGAGCUCUUUACAUCGAGUGCACAGGUCUUCCUAAAAACGAGGACUUUUCCUGCUCGGACAAAAUGAAGUUUUAUUACGACCAGACAAAUAGCUACAUUUGGGAUCAUCGACACUAUUUUGGCGUGCGGGUAAUCGAACUGCGAUCGUAUUUUCAAAUACCUAAUGCAUUUCAAGGUUCCCGAAUACGGGAAGACAGGAUGCGACGAGAAAAUGAUUGAAGGAAAGCCUGGAAUUUUCGAGAACGUGGUGAAUAAACUGAAAACUUUGACACGACAUAUUGGUUUGGAGUGACAAGCCGACGAAACCCAAAGCAAAAAUGCUCCUUAACUUACAAAAAACGAAAUCUCUUCAAAUGUUAAAUAAUACGUUGUCUGUACAAAUAAACGACUGUGCUCUAAGUAAAUUGAAGCAUUAGAAAAGCCUCUAUUUUGAGAGCUUUGAAAUGUUGCAAAAUACACAUUAAAAAAAACCUUUUCACCUUAUCGUAUCAACCUGUAAAGCUCACAAAAACCAAAAUCACUCAGUUUUUUUCUUCUAGUUCGUGAAAAAAAAACACAUUGAAUCAGUUUUUCAGAUGUGCUGGUUCAGUCCAAGCCCAAACUGUGAAGAACACAUUUUGGACAAGACAGAAGAGCUGCCGGUUAGGUGAAAAGCUAUUUGAAACAACCUUCUCAAGUUUUCAGGUGGUUCCUUUUGAAAUCAUAAAUAUGCCGCCGCCUGUCGUCCGAUCUGCCGUCUGUUCAUUGACCUUUAUUCAUACAUGUUUUAUCCUCUUGUUCUCUAUAACUAUAUUCUAG